CUGUGAUGAAAUUGCAGCGGGUUGUGGUUGCUGUCGCGAAAUAAUAGUUUUAAAAGAACAAAAUACGCAUGGAAAAUAAACUAGAUAGCUACCGGAAAACAAAACGUCGGCAAGCGCUCCUGAACGACGUUAAGGAUAGGAUUUACAACAUGGUAUCCUUCCACCAGGUGCAAACGGAGGAGAAAGCGUCCCACGUCAUUAUAGAAGCGGAUAAUGAGCCACCACCGAAGGAAAGCAACAGUAGGAGGAAAGGCGUGGAGGUGGAAGUUGCGAAAAUCAAAGCCAAAGCUUUCCGUUCCUUUCCCAGCCAGCCGGAACCAGCGACUUUCGACGAGUCGGAUCAUUCGGUCAGUGCAUUAACGAACGUGGCAGAAGAGCCGGAAGCUAAACCGCGCUCCUGGCUUACGUAUGUAACAUACCUGGUGUACUUCCUCUUUUGGGCUACCCUGUAUGCCAUCGCGAUAGAGCUUCGGUUCGGAGUGGUCUUUCUGAUGCUUUCGGCGCUGUUUGGAAUCUACUUCAAUACGCGCACCAAGAAGGCACCGGGCGAGAUAAGUGCGUACAGUGUGUUUAACGAAAACUGCCAGGCAAUCGAUGGCACCCUAAAGGCUGAACAAUUUGAGCGGGAGAUUGGCAUAAGGCAUUGACUGUGGUGCUUUGGAGCCAAUCGUCAGAUAGAUUUAUUUAUUUUCGAUCGUUAUACAUGAUUAGGAAUGUAUUGGACGGGUGAGAUUAACGGUUUACAACACACAAAAAAAAAACGCAAUUUUUAAAAGGGUAAUGAAUGAAUCAUUGUGAUUGAAUAUAAUGUAACACUAUAUACAUAGUUUGGCAAUAGUUUUUUUUUUUUAAUAACACAUUGUGGUUGAGGUUUUGAAAGAAAACGAAGUUAUUCUAAAGUUGUUUUAAGAGUGUAUUUGUAUAGGGAAAGUGCGAUAUGUUGUUAUUAUCCUUUUUAAUUUAUUUCAGAAAGCACAGCCAGCGGCAAGGCAUCCACUUUUUGCUUAUUUAUAGGAUAAAAAUGUUAAUUAUUUCAGAGUCUAAAAUUAUACAAACAUGGAACGAUAUGGAAAUUUAUAGAUGCGAGAAACUGAGCAACACUGAAAUAUUUAUAAAUAAUCCGUUUUAUCACAAAUACAGUGGAACCCCUCAUAACGAGUACCCCUUACAACGAGUUUUUCGCAUAACGAGCAAAUCUAAAUGCUCUACAAAUACUUAUCUUAACGAGUAAAAUCUCGCAUAACGAGCAAUUUCAUUGUUGUUCCCGAUAAGAAAUCGUGAUCAUUCCGAGUGUGUCAAUACUAAGAAAUGUUAAAUAUGAAGCUAUUUCCGAAAGGGGCAGUGUGUGAAUGUGGAGGAAAAGUGUAAGAAAGGUGACACAUUUACGUCCACUAUUAGUCUAAAACUCACAUUUCUGUUCUAUUGGUGUCCUCGAAAUAUUUCAAACAGCGAUGAAUGCAAGGGAUAUUUUUAAACCUUAACAUUCGGAGGUAUAAGCAAAACAGACCUACUUAAUUAAAGUCGACCGAUUGAUUGACUUGCAUCCCAUUGAGAAACUUACUUAUCCGGUGCUACAUCCGUUUUGCGGUCUUGGCCUGACUCAGGAGACCGCUUUACAGUCUUGGCCUGCAAUCGCUCAUGGUCUCGUGCCUUCGUCUGCCAAUCCGUUAUUCCGGUCUGAAUGGUGGACGCUUCCACGUCAUCUUACCAUCUCAAUUUGGGCCUACCUCUGUCAUUGUGGACAACCUAAAAAGACUUUACGGGCUGGGUCGACCAUUUCAAUGGGUACAACAUGGCCAGCCCACCGGAGCCUGACGAGCUUGAUACUGUUGAGCUUCUCGGAUUGAUGCGACAAGUGCCUAUCAGGCAACACCGAAUGAUUGCCAAUCGGGCCACACUUUGCACACCACACACACGAUUGAACUCUGAAUAAAGAUCAUUCCUGCAUUAAGCGUACAAGC